AUGUUUCUCCAGGCUUUCCUUCCGUUACUGCUGGCUCCCUUGAUUGCGGCAUCACCCACCCAAUUGGACCCCCGUCAAUACAUCUCCGCUAAUGACCUGACGUCGGGAAAUUGCAAAGAUGUUAUGUUUCUCUUUGCUCGAGGAUCGACUGAAGUCGGCAAUAUGGGCACCGUCGUUGGUCCCGAAGUCUGUGACGAUUUAGCUCUCCAGCUGGGAGGCAACGUUGGCUGUCAAGGUAUCGGUGGUGCCUACACAGCCGGUCUGGGAGAAAACUUCCUCCCUCAAAACACCGCACCGCAAGACAUUCAAGCUGCCGUGGAUGUGUUCAACGAGUGCAAUACCAAAUGCCCCAACGCGAAGAUUGUCGCCGGUGGUUAUAGUCAGGGGAGUGCUGUCAUCGAUAACGCAAUUCAAAAGCUAUCCUCGGACGUGAGGGAUAAGGUCAAAGCAGUGGUUCUGUUCGGAUUCACCCGCAAUCUCCAGGAUGCAGGCAGAAUUCCUGGAUACCCGAAGGAUCAAACCAAGGUUUACUGUGCAGUAGGUGAUUUGGUCUGUGAUGGAACUUUGUUCAUCACUGCAGCGCAUCUGACUUAUGGUGCGAAUGCUGGUGAUGCUGCUAGCUUCCUUGCAUCUCAUGUUAAAUGA